AUGGGUGUUCGCAAAGGUUGUCGCUACGCCCCCGUGGCGUCCCCCGGGCGCCGCGCGCCGGGGAACGGGCGUAAAUGCGGAAAAUACGCGACCGAGGUCGGGCUCAGGGAGUGGUCCCCUGUUUUGCGCGCCCCUUUUCGCAUAGAGCGCGGCGUGCGCUGCGACUGGCGACGUCACGGCCACGUAGCCCGCACUCUCGGCUAUCCGUCGGUAUGUGUGACGGGUCGGGGCGGCCCGUCCUUUCAGGUGAAAAGUCGGUCGGAAAGGGAGCGCGAGCACGUCGACGGCGGCUCGCGGGGAGAGUCGCGGCGGCAGGUCUUCGCCGUCUGCGCGGUCGAUCAGGUCGUCCGAAGCUACUGCCGUCGUGGCGUCCCCCCGAAGAAGCCCGCGAAGAGCGCGGCCGCCUCCAAGAAGCCCCGUGCCAAGCCCGCGCACCCCAAGACCGCCGAGAUGGUCAACUCGGCCAUCAAGAGCCUGAAGGAGAGGGGAGGCUCCAGCCUGCAGGCCAUUAAGAAGUACAUCACCGCCAACUACAAGACGGACGCGGAGAAGCUCUCCCCGUUCAUCAAGAAGUACAUCAAGGGCGCCGUCGCCAGCGGCGCACUCGUCCAGACCAAGGGCAAGGGUGCCUCCGGCUCCUUCAAGCUGGCCUCCAAGGAGAAGGUCGAGAAGGUCGCCGCCAAGCCCAAGGCUGCCGCUGCCGCCAAGCCCAAGGCUGCUGCGAAGCCUAAGGCCGCCCCUGCCAAGAAGCCCGCCGCCGCCAAGAAGACCGCUGCCGCCAAGACCCGUCCAGCCAAGAAGGCCGUCGCCGAGAAGAAGCCCAAGGCGGCCGCCGCCCCUAAGAAGGUCAAGUCUCCUUCCAAGGCCAAGAAGGCCACCAAGGCGCCAGCAGCGAAGAAGCCUAAGGCCCCCAAGCCUAAAAAGGCUGCUGCCAAGCCCAAGGCUGCACCCAAGAAGAAGUGA